AUGUCAGAGCAGGCUGUUCGGCCAGAUGGCAUCUCCAUCCGUCGCUGGGAGAAUGGCGAGCGGAUCGGCUUCACCGACCUCUCAGAGUCCUUUGUUGAUCUCUGCGGCGCUCCUUAUUAUGUUGCUCACCGUGCUCACCUUCACUCGGCUCUCUACCAGCGCGCGAUAGACUUGGGGGUCACCGUCCAUCUCGAUAGUAAAGUAUCCAAGUACGACCCUGAAAUCCCUUGCGCUACUCUGGCCAGCGGUCAGAGUUAUACAGCAGACCUAAUUGUUGCCGCUGAUGUUCCCAUGAUCGGCGUAUGA